CAUGUACGAAUAUGAUGCUUCUUUCGCGCUACCAGGAACAAUAACGCACUGCCUUAAUGAAUAUAAAGAAAUUCAAAGAAGGCAGGCAAAGAAAACAAUAAGAAAUAUCAUUUUAAAGCAUAAUAUGGCCAAUUCUAAUAAAUGGCCAAUGUCUCGUUCAAGCUAUGUUAAACUUACUAAUUUGGAUGAAGAGGAAGAUGAAGAGAGUAGAUUGAGAAUGAAGCAAGCCCAUGCUAUGAAAGAAUUAGAAGUGUUUAGGAGGUUUGAUUUCGAUAGAAAAACGGAAGAGACCAACGUAAGGGGUUUAAAAAAUGAGAUAGCUACUACAACAUGCUCCGAAACUAUCAUAACAAAAGAAAUAUUAAGAAGACAAUUGAAUAUUAAAUUUACAUUCAUUAUUUUGGGAAUCUUACUAUCAACAGCUGUCUAUUUAGCUUUACUUUCAAUCGGUAUUCAUCAUAUAGAAGACGAUCUUUUCUCUGGAAAUUUAACAACAAUAGCAAGAAUACUGCUAACAACAGAUGUUUUAGCUAUAAUCAAUGGUUUUAUCUCCUUAGGAAUAUGCUGUAUGAUUGAUAAAUUUAAAGAUGCGGUUGAAAAAGAGAAUUAUUAUAAUAAUCCAUCAUUGCGAUCUGUAAUUGAUACAAUUCAUACAAACUUUAAAUGUUGCGGUUUUAGAAAUUAUCUUGUAUGGAAAGAUACUUCCGAUGAUGGACUUUAUCCUACUAGUUGUUGUUCUGAAUCUUAUUCAGCAAGUAAUCAAAUAUGUUUAAAAGCUCAACGAAGUGCUUUUGGCAGAGGGAAUUUAACUAAUGUUAUAUAUGUUAGAGGUUGUUCUAUGGCUAUAGGAAAUAGUUUUAUUCCAAUUAUAAAUAUGAUAAUAACUACAGUUUAUGCUAUUUUCCUUUUAUUGACUGCUAUUUUCUUCUAUCAUACCCAAGUAUAUAUAGUUGCUACGCAAGCUCUCAGCUUACCUGGUGCUUGCUUGGUUGUUAUCAGGUACCUUCGAAUAUCUAAAAUAUACUUAAUUAAUGGAACGGAAAUACUGGGAAAAGUUGCUAAUAGAAUCAUUAAAGAAUAUAUUGUUAAUAAUAUCGAGUUAGAAGCUGGUCCUAAUUCUCCUCGUUUACAGACUGUUGUCAGUAUACUUGAUAAAGAUUUAAACUCGCAUAGAUCAUCAACGGUACAGAAUGUUAGGGAGAGGUCAGCGUCGAUUCUGUCGAAAACACCUCAAAUUAAUCAAGCUAAAUUAGUCACUAAUCUAUUGCUAGAUCCUGUUGGAAAUGGUGAACCAAAUGUAAAAAGAAAAUUAUCUAGAGCCUUAGGUAGCAGAACAUCAUUUAGGAGACCUUCAAUUAGAAAAUCUGAUAGUCAUGGGAUAAGAUUUCUACCAAAAAAUCCUCCUGUAAGACAAUUCACUAAUACAAUAGCGUCAAAUCAAGCAGCAGAUACUGAUGAUAUUCAAAUAACAAACGUAGAAUCGGGAGUUAAAGUUUCAAUUGAUGGGAGGUCAAAGAAACUUUUAAAUAAGGAUGGAAAAGUAUACUUUGUUUCUGAUUCUGAACAAGAACAAACAGAAAAAGGAUCAGAUAGAACUGCAGAAUCGCUUGUUGACGUAGGAGGCGAUAAACUGAAGAAAAUACAUAAGGGAUCAAAGCUAUUUUACAUAGAGGAGGAUAAAGAAUCCCUGUCGGUCAACAAUAGAGAGGCUAAAAAACAUUAUUAUUGUAAAGAAAUGAGAUUAACUGCUGAGGGAAAAUCUGAGCAUAAAGAUGAUGGAAAUGAGAAAUCUAUUGACAAGCUAACCACAGAGAUUCAAAAGAAGUUUCAAAAAUCUCUUAAUAAAUAUGUAAAAUCACUGUGUAUGCUAGAUCCCGAGAGUCAGGCCUGCAAAGAUGCUCGUAUUAAUCAACAGCUAAUAAUAGGCCACUCAGCUACGCCGCCAGAACUGUCGGAUUACUCAUACCGUCUCAACAAUAAGCACCAAAGGAUUCCUGAGAAAGAUGAUAUGAUGGCUGAAAAUAGCGUUGACACUAGUGUACAUAUAUCAAUUGGAAACAGUGAACAUGAAGAGGAGGACCAUCUAUUUAAUCCUCACCUUCCGUUGUACAGUCAUAAUAAUACUUCAGAUGAAAUUGAAGAUGAAUUUGAUAAAGGAAAUGAGAUAAUUACCUGCAAAAGAAAGAGAAAAUCAUUAAAUUGGAACUCUAAGAGAACUUUUAGGUGCUCCAAUCCACAGAAUUAUUUAAAAUAUGAUAAUCUUGCGAAGAACUCGGAAGCUAUUCGAAAAUUAGACGACCAAUCACCAUCAAUGGAUGGCCAAUACAGUCCGCAAAAUUACCAAGUUUGUUUUGGAGAAGAGGACUCAGAGCGCAAAGCAGCAUUUGAUGAGAUAGAUGAAACUGAAGAUUUAAUAAAUGAUGAAGAAGUUGAUAUUGAGGACGAAGAAAUAUACGAUGAUGAGGGAGAAGAGGAUAAAGAGUAUGAGGAAAAUUUUGCUGAUAAAGAAGAAGCAGGACAAAGUAAUCGGGAGGAAAACAGACCUACAAUUAAAUUAUUUAAUGACGAUGGUGUUAGAUCGACUGACCUAAGAGAGUCUGAUUUUCCAGGAAAGUUUAACGUGUUGAUAGAUUAUAAUAAUAAAAGUCUAGAAAGCAAGCUAACUGCUAAACAAUUCAAUUUGUCACCUUCCAAGUGUCCCUGUGAAACAAAACAGGCCUAUUAUCCUCCGAACAAUUCCUUUUUUAACAAUUCUCUUUCUCAAACAACGAAGUUAAAGAAUUUUGAGGAAACUAAUCAACAAAAGGAGCUUUUCGGCAAAAGUUUAUUCCCAGAUACUGUAAAUAGAGCUUCAAGAGAAAUAGAUAGCUGUGAAUUGGAACAGUUUUUAGACAGAAAUAAUGAUGAAAUUGAAAGAGAUUAUUGUGGUCCUGGAAUGUAUGUAUUUGCAGUAGAAGAAAGAAAAGGUAGUGAAACGUCCAAUUCAGUUAUAUCAAAGCCUAAUGGAAGACUUGAAUCAGGAACACUUACUAAAGAUUUACAAAGUACAAAUUGGACGGAUGAUAAUAGGGGAAACUUUAUAGAAGAUAUUUCUUUGAGAGAAAAGUCGGUUUCAUCAUCUUCGUAUGAUAACCUUUCACCGAAUAAAAUGAAAUUUGAUUGGAUUAUAACUGACUCUACCCAAGUUAAUCCUUCUAAUACUGGUCAAAACAAUUCAGCUAUAAAUUGUUCCGAAUUUGCAACCGUUCAAGAUUGCGAAAUAAAUUAUGAUAAAAUAAGUGGAAAUAGACUGCCAUCUUUGUAUUUGGAAGAUAAUAACCAUUUUGAACGAUAA